AUGGCCUAUCGCUUCGUGCCUGGGGAUCAUCUGGGCCCCUAUCUCGAUCACAGCGAGUUCGCCUCGAUCGUGUCGUCGAUCCCCGGCCCCUGGGCCUUCAGAAAGCUUGCCCAGCGUGUGAUCAAUCCGAGCCCGACACAGUCGCUGGCGUCCAGUUCUCUGGAUUCGACCAAUGCCCCGCUGCCUCCAUUUAUCCGGCUUCUGUAUAACCAGUGCCAGCUGAUUGCCCGGGGGUCGGCCAUCGUGGCCAUCACCGCGGCCGCGGUCAAGGCUCAGGCGGCCGCCGGCAGUGGCGGUCUCGGUCUUGGAAGUAUGGCAGGAGCGGCCCUUCCCUCGCCGCAUAUCGGUGAUGCCAGCCCCUCGCUCUUUGGGGCCACUUGUGGGGGGGACCUCUCGUCGGCCAGUCCGGCGGUGGGGACCUGCCCUGGGGCGGGCAUCGGCUCGGGGCUCCUGUCUUCGGCAGCCGCGUUGCAGCACAUCGAUCCGCAGGCCCUGCAGGCGGCGUCCCCGCUGGAACUCGCGGAAGCCGUGGCCCGGCUUGUGUUUGCGGCCUUGGUGGAGACACCGGCGGGGCCGGGCCCCGGUGCUGGCGAGGCUGCCGAAGACACCGUCAACCCCCGGCAUUCCUUCGGCAUUGUGGGCGACUCGCCGCCCCUGGAAGCGGCACCGGGCACCGGUUCGAGCCCGGAGGCCGAGGCCGAGGCCGCGCAGCAGCUCCGCCUGCCCACCAACUCGCCGGAUAUCAAAGCCUCGGCCUCGGUGCCGGUGGGAGUCUCCUCCUCCUGCUCUCCCUCCGGACCUGGUAGUGCUUCGGCCGCGGCUGGCCAGCACCCGUCCACCUGGGCCCUGCUUGAGCUGGCCGAGAAGAUCGCCAGUGUCGCCCUCGGGCAGAAGCUCAUUUCCCUUGACGAUAUUCUCACGGUUCCGGUGACCCUGCCUGUCGUCAUGCAUGUCCUUGCCACCAUGUGUCGCGAAACCCCAGAACGCCGGCUCCAGUUCUACUUCCGCGCCUUCGACCGCGACCACGAUGGCUGGCUCACGCUGUCAGAGCUCACCGAGUCCCAGAACACGCUGAUCCUGAUCUUCGAGAACCAGCCCCUAUCAGACCAGUACUCGCUCUCCGACGACGAGUCACUCCUGAAGUCCUUGACCAACUUCGUUCAGAACACGCUCGGGAAGUCUGUCUUCCAGCAGAACUAUCGUAUCCACCUGAAUGACGUCUGCCAGGAGGCCCAGGUGCUACUGCCCUUCUUCCGCCGCGAGGCCGCCUUCCCUCUGCGCUGA